AUGGAGUUGUGUGGCUAUAUUUUAGUUCUUUGGCUUUUGGUUUCUGUUGUAGGACAUGGAGAGGCUGCGAGUAAAUACACGCAAGCCCUGACUAAAUCUCUAGUCUAUUUUGAGGCUCAGAGAUCUGGAAAAUUACCAGAGGACCAGCGAGUAAGAUGGCGAGGUGACUCUGCUCUCAGGGAUGGAAGCGAUGCCGGUGUGAACUUGGUGGGUGGAUACUACGACUCAGGCGACAAUGUUAAGUUCGGCUUCCCAAUGGCCUUCACCAUCACCACUCUCUCUUGGGGCGUCGUCGAGUUCCGAAAUCAGCUGGCGGCCGCCGGCGAACUCAUUAACGCACUCACCGCCAUCUCUUGGGGAACCAACUACUUCCUGCAUGCUCACACCGCCGCCGACGUGCUCUACGUUGAGGUCGGCGACGGCAAUUCUGAUCACGCUUGCUGGCAAAGACCGGAGGAUAUGACCACGCCUCGUACAUCUUAUAAGGUCGACGCUUCCCAUCCCGGUGCCGACGUCGCCGGAGAGACGGCGGCCGCUUUAGCGGCUGCUUCCAUUGCUUUUCGGCCGUCCGAUCCUGCAUACGCUAACGAUCUUCUAUACCAUGCAGAACAACUAUUCGACUUUGCUAAGAGACAUCCAGGGUUGUAUCAGAACAGCGUUCCCGUUGCUGGCCAGUUCUAUUCUAGCAGCGGAUUUGACGAUGAGCUUGUCUGGGCGGCGGCGUGGCUCCACCGUGCCACCGGAAACCAGACCUACCUCGACUUCCUCGCCAAAUCCAGCAACAGCGGCGGCGUUCGGUCCAUGUUCUCCUGGGACGACAAGUUCGCCGGCGCUCAAGUUCUCGUCGCCAAGCUCAUUCUUGAAAAGAAAAAUGGCAGCAACGGCGCUUUGAGCCAAUACAAAGACGCCGCAGACCAAUUCCUCUGCUCCCUCCUCCAAAAAGGCCAUAACAACGUUAAACUAAGCCCCGGCGGCUUGUUAUGGUUUCAACCAUGGAACAAUUUACAGUACACCACCGCCGCCUUGCUCCUCCUCUCCGCCCACUCCAACCAUCUCGCCGCCGCCAAAGCAACCCUUCAAUGCCCUUUCGGCGUCCUCUCCCCGCCGGAAAUCAUCGCCUUCGUAUCCAAACAAGUCGACUAUAUCCUCGGCGCCAACCCAAAGAACAUGAGUUACAUGGUCGGGUUCGGCCCGACCUGGCCAGGCAAAGUGCACCAUCGAGGCGCUUCGGUUGUCUCGAUUAAGAAGGACCCGACGCCGGUGGACUGUAAGGGUGGGUUUGGCAGAUGGUUUAAUAGCCCGAACCCGAACCCGAAUGUGAUUGAUGGAGCGAUCGUGGGCGGACCGGAUGCAAAUGAUGGGUACAAUGAUGACCGAAGUAAUUUUCAGCAGGCGGAGCCGUCGACGGUGACGACGUCGGCCAUUGUUGGCGUUUUGGCGAGGCUAACUGAAGGUGUUAGUAAGUAG